GAUCUACCUAACGUGCAAUUUAUUCAAUAAAUUACCAAAGAAAGCCACAAAGCGGCGUGAGGUGUACCUUAAAUACUUUCGAUCUAUUUGCGUCAUUGCGUACAUGUUGCGUACACAACUAAAAUAUGGAAGUAGAGGCAAGGAACAGGGGGCCUACCGCGAAAACCGAAAUUCGCAAAUUGUGGGGAUCUUUCUCUUUUACUCUCACUAAGACUCUGAUUGAGUGACAGAGAUAAAUGCCCAUAAUUGAUUAACUUCGAUUUUCGCGGUUAUAGCCCGGAUAUCCACAAAACGAACAUAUGUCAGUCAGAUGUCAGUAAACUAAACAAACGUCAUUUCAAAAAUAAACUCAUUCACAUCACAUCUUAUUUAUUAGAACAGAAUCGCUUGUUUAUACUCUUCUAACUAAAAAUGAAGAUACCAUUGUUAGUAACGAUUUGUAUGUGUUGUUACCCACUUGAAACUGUACAGCAAGAAGGACCAGACCCUUGGCACAAUAAAAAUGACGCAAUACUUCAACAAAAUGAGAAUAUUGAUGUUACACCUGAUCUAAGGAUGUCUUUGCCUCAGGUUAGGCCUACAGAAUCCGCAAGUACAGGGAUGAGAGACUGGUUCUUUAAACGAAUGCUAGCCAUUAUAUUAAAAGGAGGGCAAUAUAAAAAAAAUGAAGACAACUCAGUUGAAGUUUCAGUUCAAAUGCGAUUUGACGAGAGUCAAUGGACCACUUUAAAUGAUUACCUAAAUCCAAAUGUAGGUCUAUCUGAGGAAAUAUUCCGUCGAUCAGUGGGAUAUGUGGAGAAUGCCAUUUACAAGCCUAGUGUUUCCGAAAGAAUAGUUAUGGCGUGGAAUGAUUACAUCCAAUUUUAUUUGGUGGAAUAUAAGAUGGAAAUCACAAUGGCGUUUGGAAUAUUAGCAGCUGCUGGUGCAAUGAUGUGGCUGUGGAAUCAUAUGUCCCAUAGACACUUCAAGAUUAUUGUUUUUAUUGCAUUAUAUUUAUAUGAAGUAUUUCUUUCAUACAAAGAGGCUGAGCAACACGAAUUUGAUCGCUACAUGUCAGCAAUUAAUAAAUGUAAAUGGUAUUUCUGGUCCUCUACCUGUGAUGUGCCACCUCCCGAUCCUAUAAAGUUCUUGAAAUAUAUGAACCCAUUGAAAAUCGGUGUGAGGAUGUUUACUACAAUUAUAUCUGAGCCUAUGAUCACUAUAAGUGCUACAGUGCAGACUAUAAUACAUGGGAUAACAGAUGGCAUGUGGUUUCCCCUGAAUGUAAUAAUGACAGGUUUAUUAACUGUAGCUUUUACUGUUAUAUUAGUUGUUCUUCUUGUGAUGAUAGUAUUUACGUAUAUACUUAACAUUCCCUUUAAUCUUAGUUUUCUAUGUGGUUUAUUUAGCAUUGGCGUGAAUGAAAAACGUGGUAGGACUAAUACAAGUAACGUAAGCGAUAAUCAGCUACCUAGCAUAGAUGCUGGUGGAGAUCGGAUAAGCAGCGCCACUCUAGAUAGGAUAUUAGAUGUAUGUACGCGGGCACUUACGAGUGCACAAAUUAAUAAUACAAGUUCUGCUCAAAUCCCACGAAUCCAGGCUGCAAGACCUAGUAUUAGUAAUGGAACAAUACCAAUAACUUCUUUAAAGAGGUCUUCUAGCACUGGACGAUUGCAAGAGUAUAAAUCUUAUAAUCAUGAUUUUGAACUGUCUACAAUAGAUUCUGCAGUUAGAAAAAGAAAUCAUGGGAAUACAAGAUUAAAUGAUGGCAGUGGUGAUGCAUUUUAAAAUGCACGGACCGAACUGAGUAGAACUAGAAGCUUUGUGGGAAUCAAAUUCCGUUUGAUAUUAAAAUAUGCACAGGGUCGUAGACGGGGAAUGCCUUCAAAUACAUGUAGACCGAAAAAAAACGGUUUUUUAGAUCAUAACUAACACCAAGUUUUUUUCACCAUACUACAGGUACCCAACUUCAAAAUUCAUUUCUAGUUACGGCCCUGUUUUGUAGAAUAAGGCAGGUAUAAUAUAAUCAUGUUCGACUAACUCUGUGAUAUUUUUGAAUUGAAAUUGAAUCGUUAUUUAUGUUGGCUUUUUACCAGUAAUAUGUAAAUAAUGACUAGGUUUAUUUUUGGAUGAAAUGUAGUAUAAGGUGCAAUUUUUUACGUUUCUGUUUAUGGUUGAGUUUUAGCGGAAAAAGGUAAAAAGGAGGCUGUUGUGCUUGCAAGUAUAUUUAUCAUCAUUUUCAUAAAUAUGUGCACAGUACAGAUCUAGCAAAUAUACGGCUCGCGCCUUGCGUGCGCUCUGCAUGCGUGCAUAGUACAGUUAGUUUUAACAGUUUACGCGCCUAAUUGGCACAACUCGUAUAACACGCCACCAGUGGCGGAUUUGCCCUAAGGCCAAGUAGGCUCGGGCCUAGGGCGGCAAGACAUUAGGGGCGGCAGCAAGGCGGCAGUCUAUAUGAUGGGUGCUGAGAAAGGGGCGGCCAACACUGCAAAUCCGCCACUGCACGCCACCAGAUGCAGACGGGCUGGCAGCCCUGCAAACGAGCAGUGCGCCAUGACGCACGAGUAGGAGGCCAAUUCGAACGUACACUUGAAUAGCAAAAUUAUAUCAUUUAGUUAUCAUUCGUGCAUGCAUUUCGCUCGGGCGAGCGGGCGGGCUCAGCGAGACGCACGGGCGAAUAAGAACAAAAUGACAUCAUUUAGAUGUGAAAAUGUAAGUUUGAAUUAGCCUUCUGCUCGAAAUUGACCGUACUACGUAAUGCACAAGUGCAGCCGCGAUUCAAGCUUUCGCUGGACUUGGACGCAACAAGAAUCUGAUUAUAUAAUUCCAGACUUAGUGAACAGAAUAAAAUUGAAAAAAAAAUGUAUGCAGCAUUUCAGAUGGACGUUAAUAACUUCCCUUAGGCAAUAAAUAUCUAUUAGGUCGUUUUUCAGCACUUUUCAUUGAUAAUCUACUCUAACCUCCUAAGACCCUGAGUAUAAAUUUUUGUACUUAUUCCAAAAUCUAUUUUGAACUUUUAUUGUGUAACUAAGGAUUCCAAAUUCAAAAACAAAACAAUUGCUUCUGGGUCUCAGGAGACUAUAGCGAAACGAAUCUUGUAACUCGAUAAUGACUAUAGUCGCCCCGAGCACCAUUAGCACUAAUUAGAUAAUAUGUAGGUACUUAUAUUUAAAAUCUGACUAACUGUUUUUGGUAGUAAUUUAUUGUAAUUUAUUAUAGCUAUGUUAUGAUUCAAUUCUUAUAUUCCUAUGUGUCAUGUCUGGUGUAUACUGUAAGUGACAUUAUAAAAAUAAAUAAAUAAAUGUUUUUAACCCAAUUCAGCGCUAAUCACGACGUUGUUUUGCCUCUACAUUCCGGGAAAACUAUGUUAUCAGCUACGACGUAGCGCUACGCCCGUAGCUCAGCGGUGAAUGUGUAAUGAUAUUUUUGUAAACUUUAAUAAAGUCCUAGUCAAUAUAA